AUGGAAGUGGCCGCGUUGUAUUCACAGGAGUGGAAGCAGAUUGUAAAUCGAGUAGUAGCUGCAUGGGGUGGUUACCAGUUAGGAUGGUUCAAAGAGGUGAUCGCCGAAUACACUUUAACGGCACGUGCUCUGAAAGCGGACGAUCUUGAGGAUUGGCUGAACAAUGUUCUGUACACUGAAUUCAACCUUAUUCUAGAUGACGGCAGUGUCUUCCCUACUUCCGCUUUGUUGAUAGAGGCCCUAGGGUAUUUGAAACGCAGCGAUCGCCUUCGGCUUGACCAAGUUCUUUCUACCCUCCCAUCAGUGGAAGCCGUGCAUGAG